UGCUGGCGAGCGGACGUGCGCUCUCUCACUCCGUGUCGUACACUGUGUGCUUUACUCUUAUACAACUACAGUGAUUUGUGAUCAUCCAGACCUUGCCGGACACUGACCAAGGCUUAUAUUACCAGUGUGGGGUUUACUUUUAGCGUUCCUAAGAUGUGGACCGCAGGAAAUGUAUGGUAGCUGCUUCGGUUGGAUUUCAGAAAGCUAAUUGGAUUUGCGAAGCACAGGUCAAACGGAGCCUUUGUGGAGUUCUGCUGCCACUGCCCAGACUUUCCUCCGUGUUCAAGAUGACUGUUAACCGAUGAGAUGGAAUCCGAAGGCCGCGCAAGGUCGGGGGCCAAUCGCAGUAGUAGUAGGCGAGGCCCGCGUUCUGAUUGGCGGAGUAGCAAUCAAUCAGGCGGCACGAACUCCUCAGGCAACCAAUACUCGUCCAGCGACGAGGAGUGUGACGUCAGAAACAGUGGGCGGGGCUACAGAGCCUCUCAGAGAACAGACCUCACAGGUGCCAGUUUCCGUCUGCUCCGCCUGCCUCCACACACACGUGAACGGGGCAGUAACCGCUCGCGGGCCACCACGCCCCUCAGCCACACCUCGGAACCCGAGCUAGCGGACCCGCCCUCUCUCCACGACGCCGCCCACGCCCACACGAACCACGCCCUCGCGAACCACGCCCACAACAACCUCUCCCACUACCGGGGCCAGUACGCCACGCCCUCGACGGGCGCGGGUGUGGCAGGAGGUGGGGUCGUCGGAGGAGGGGAGUCGAACCCGGCUGCCGUGAUGAACCAGUUGGGGGCAGGGCACGGACACUACUACCAGGAGAUACCCCAGGGAGGGCUCCAUUACGCUAACCACCUCGAUGAAUACGACUCCCCGGUGCUCAAGGGGGGUCGUAAGUUCCCCCCGGGGCGGAGAAUCCCCGCGGGGGGGUCGUCGUUGUCGUCGUCGGAUAACAAUUCCGACACCACCUACGCUGAGAGCGACAUCAAUUCAAGUCUGAGAGCCAAAAUGGCCGCCCUCGAUAAUGGUGAGUCAAUAUCAUAG